AAAAAUAUUUUAAUUACAAUUUAAAUGAAGAAUUUGAAAAUUCGAUAGUCGAUAUAUUAAUAAUCGAUAGUAGUCGAAUUUUUAGUCGCUCGGUGGCGCUAGUGUCGUUAUUAUUUUUGACAAUUGUUUUCGACAGUUCGUUUCGUUAGCACGUGCAUUUAUAGAAAUAAUUACGAAACAAUGGUUUAUUAUUUUACAAGUAACGUUGUACAACCACCAGUAACAUUAUUCAUGGGAGUUGAUAAAUAUGAAAACGAGGAUUUAAUUAAGUGGGGUUGGCCGGAGGAUGUUUGGUUUCACGUGGAUAAAUAUUCAUCGGCUCAUGUAUAUUUACGAUUACACCCGGGCCAAACGAUAGACGACAUACCAAGUACAGUUUUGGAAGAUGCUGCACAAUUGGUUAAAGCUAAUAGUAUCGAUGGAAAUAAAAUGAACGAUAUCGAUGUCGUCUACACGAUGUGGUCUAAUUUGAAAAAAACCCGAGGAAUGGAAGUCGGUCAAGUUGGUUUUUAUAAGGAGAAAGAUGUUAGAAAAAUUCAUGUUGCCAAACGUGUGAAUGCUAUCGUUAAUCGACUGAUUAAAACCAAACGUUCUGAGCAAGUUAAUUUACAAGCGGAAAGAGAACAAAGAGAUAGAAGUGAAAGAGAGGAUAAGAAGAGACUUUUGAGGGAACAAAAGGAAAAAGAAAAAGCGGAAGAGAAAAGACGUCAAGAAGAAGCCGAAAUAAGAAGCUAUAAUUCGUUAUUCAAUUCGCAAAGCAUGACGUCAAAUACAGAAACCAGCGGUUAUGAUUCGGAUGACUUUAUGUGAUGAAUUCAAUAUUAUUUAAAUUAUUACAAGUGGUGCCUAUUGUAAAAUAUAUUUUAUGUAUAUUACAAAGAAUAUUAUUAAAAUAAAAUAGAAAGCACUUGUAUUGAUCAUGUUAUAUGAUGAUAAUACUGAUCAAAUACUUGUAUUUAAUAUUA